AUGUCCUAUAAAGAAGCUCAGUCCAACAUUUAUGCUUUGCCCUAUGAGAAAGGGCCAUCGGGGGUGUCAGGCGGGGUAGAGUUGAGUGGCGUUAGGCUCAAAAUACUAAGUAGAUCUAGACCAGGCACAUUGGUCGUUACAGCGCGCGUCGAAGCCUCAAAAUGUGAUACUUUAGCCGCCAGCUAUGGACUGGGACCACGGCUAGACUUCAUGCGUGAAUUGAAUGGACCCUGUUAUCCCCAGGAUGUCAUCAGUGCUGUGGUGCCAAGACAAGCCUACCUACUUAAUUAG